AUGGUCCAAUUACCUCCCGAAAUUUACAGCGCGAUCGCAUCCUAUCUCGCCACGCGUGACCUACUCACCCUCUCUCGCACGACUAAGGCCCUUCAGCGGGCCGCGGAGCCCCGAAUAUACGAAUGUGUCGUGCUCCGCGACGCCGAGGCCGCACUCGUUGGCUGCCAUUCCCUCAUGCUCCGCGACGGCCUCCGUGCCCUCCUAGUUAAACGCUUUAUUCUCUAUCAGGAUCCCCGCCGCACCAAUGCCCGCACGAGCCUUGGUACGGCGCCCGCACAGUUCUGGCUCACUGUCCAGGUUGCGCUCACAAUGACCGUCAACCUCGAAUCGCUCAUCAUCCACGAUCCGCUUGUCGCGCACUCGUGGGUGCUUGACCACGAGGAUAUCAGGUUCCAAUUGCGCGAGGCGAACCUCCGCCUCCCCUGGGAUGCGCACAUGGUUGCGUUCCUUGAGAAGCAGCACAAGCUGCAGGUCCUGAACACGUGCGACUCGAACGAGGACGGCCCGCCCUGCCCGCUGCCCCCCGCCGCGCUCGGUGCACUGGUGACGUACAGCGGCCCAGUGCUCGUCGUCGCAGAGCUGCUUGGUUGUCCCCUUGCGCGGCUCCAGGUGGUCCUGGAUGACGACACCGCUCCCAUCCUGCCGACCGUAGUAGCGGAUCUCACCAAGAUCAUGAAGGGGCUUCGCAGCUUGAGUGUGAUGGGGAUGCCGGUCCAACUGCUCAUGGAGACGCUCCAGCUGGUCUCGACCGCGGUCUUCGCGCCCAAGCUUCGGUAUCUCGGCGUGCUUCCACUGCCAUCGUGCGAGUGGGACGUCAUCCAUCGCUGCCUAAUGGACCUCCCCGCGCUGGAGGUGAUCGAGUUCGACAUCUCGCGGUGGGAAGCGCAAGUCCCCGAGUGGAUGCUUCGUGCGGUGCUGCUCGACUUCCGCAUCUACGCCCCCGCGUUGCAACAGGUCAUCUUCUGGAUUGGGCAGACCCGCAUCAACUGGUACAUGACCCAUGAGGGCGAGUGGCAGCACGUACGCCAUAUGGGCCGGGCUCCCGGGAGCGACGUCCUCUGGCGCACCCUCUAA